AUGUCGGAGCAGCAACAAUUAUCACAAGAACUAAAAAUAGGAAUAUCUAAUGCAAAACGACUUCGAUGUAUUUGGAGAAAAACGAUGAAAGAAAUGAAGAUUCCAGAACUAAGAAUGAAUGUAAUAGUGACUAGAGGCACAUUUGAUCGUGCCCUUGACAUUCAAGAUUACUGUGGUAAUUUAUUGGUGGAAUGUUUGAAUCAAUGUGAGGAACAGCAUCAGAAGAACGUUAAUCAUCAUAUGGAUAUAGUCAAAAAGUUUGAAAGAAUUUAUGGUAGCAGAUUAGAAGCCGCAAGCAAUUUUUACGACUACAAUUUGGGAGAAUUAAUUGAAGAAACCAAUUCCGAACUAAAAAUAAUAGAUUUUCUGCAAUAUGAUGAUGAAAUUUUCUUAGAAACACUCAUAUUUCAAGGAAAAACUCAACUGAAUGAUAUAUUAGAUAGUCUAAAUAGUGACAAUUUCUACAAACUUGAGAAUCUUCAGAAUACUAGUAACAACAUGACAGAAAUAGCUAUGGUUCACCUAGCGGAAAAUAUAUCAUCCACGUGGGAAUCUUUGAACGCUGAACUUUCCAAAUAUUUAAAAGAACAAACGCGAGAUAAAUUACAAUUAAAUUUACUUACAAGUCAACAUAAUUCAACUAUGAAACAUUUAGAAAAGAUAAAGGAAAAGUCUUUCAAAGUUUUAUUUUUAAUUCAAUCAUGCCAGAAAUUACAACUUAAUCAGGAAAAAUUAUAUCCUAUUGAAGUUAAUCAAGUUGAGGACAAUUUUGAUUAUUGUGAAUUUCUUUGGUAUCGAGUAGCAUUAGCAAAUACUAUCAUGUACGAAUAUCAGUGUGAAAAGAAACAAUUACAGGAGGAAAAUAAAUAUUUGCAAGAAUGUGUAAAAAAGCGAAUGAAUGAAUACUCUUCGUAG